AUGGCUUUUGUUAACGAUACCAGAGGAUUAGGAGGUUAAAAAGAAAUCAUGAAUCUCAUGCAAAAUCAUUAUAGUGCAUUAGUGAAUGUUAAAUCAACUCUAAAUACCAGAUAGGCACCAAGACCUCAUGUGUCCAAGAUGUCAAAGCGGCCCGCGUCAGCAGUAAAUGGUCAGAAAAAAUUAGAAGAUGCAUUAAUAAAGAACUAAUAAUUUGCAGAGUAAAGAGAAACGUUUAAGCGACUUGCCAACCUAAAAAAUGGAGGGACAGAUAGCAAACCCCCAUAAACUUUUGGAAUGUCAAAAAAGUUAUUAGUGAACAAGAGAGCUAGAGCUAAUCAUUUUCAGCAUGAAGAACAUCUUAAAAAUUUAGCAUCGCUUCAUUAAAGAAUAAACAUGGUUGGAUCAUAGUUAGAUAGAGCUAAAAACCCGCAUGAUCCUCUUAGUAAUCCAGUAUUUUUCUUUAAGAAAGGAGGCAAUAAUUAAAAUACAUCUCUAAAAACCUAUGCCCAAAAGAUUCAAACAAAUUUGGAAAAGAGAUAAAAGAAAAACCAGGAGAUGACAGAGUAAUUAAUGAGUUAGCUUAGCUCUAAAGAGAAGCAGAUGUUACUCAGACCUUAAUCUGCAGCACCAAUAAAGCACUGA